AUGGAAGGUAUAUUUUUUAAUAUUGAUAAUGGAUUCAUUGAAGGUGUGGUCAGAGGGUUCCGUAAUGGUCUAUUAACGACUAAUCAGUACCUUAAUUUAACACAGUGUGAUAAUUUAGAUGAUUUGAAAUUGCAACUUUCAUCAACAGACUAUGGCAAUUUUUUGUCAAAUGUGUCAUCUGAAGCGUUGACCACUUCAAUUAUUCAAGAACGUGCAUCUAAUAAGUUGUAUCAAGAGUUUCAGUAUAUUAGAGAUCAGUCUAGUGGAAAUACCAAAACUUUUCUGGAUUAUGUGACAUAUGGAUAUAUGAUUGAUAAUGUUGCGUUGAUGAUUACGGGUACGAUUCAUGAGAGAGACAAGGCUGAAAUUUUAUCUCGUUGUCAUCCUUUAGGUUGGUUCGAUACGUUGCCCACCUUGACUGUGGCAACUGAUUUGGAGUCUUUGUAUCAAACAGUUUUGGUAGACACUCCAUUGGCACCAUAUUUCCGUGACUGCUUUAAUACUUCUGACGAACUAGAUGACGUCAAUAUUGAAAUUAUUAGAAAUAAAUUAUAUCGAGCCUAUUUACAAGAUUUCUACGAUUUUGUGACUACUGAAAUCCCGGAACCUGCGCGUAUGAUUGUCCAGGAGAUGCUAGAUUUUGAGGCUGACAGAAGAGCUAUAAAUAUAGCCUUAAAUUCUCUGCAGUCUUCGGAUGUUAUUACUUCAGAAUUAAAACGUGAGUUAUUACCCAGUAUAGGAAAAUUGUAUCCUACGAUGACAGAACAGAUGGCCACACAGGCAACUGACUUUGAUUCUUUAAAAUCUAUUCUCAAUAAUGUCCAUGAAUAUCGGGGCAUCUUUGAAACCAAGAAUAUUGAGGAUCAAUUCUAUAAAAUUGAAAUGGAAAUGUGUCGCGAUGCAUUUACUCAACAGUUUACAGUAUCUGCCAUUUGGGCAUGGUUGAAGUCCAGGGAACAAGAAGUGCGUAACAUAACAUGGAUUGCUGAAUGCAUUGCACAAAAUCAAAGAGAAAGAAUAAAUAAUUAUAUAUCUGUAUAUUGA